AUGAAAAAUAAGAUUGUUUCACUUUUUGUUAAAAGAGAACAUUUAAUUCUCUUAUCUAAAAUGUAACUCAAUGAAUAAAAUGAGCUCAUUUUGGAAAUUGACUAAGUUAAUUAAAAGGUUGAAAAUACUAUAUUAAAAACAGAGAGAUGGCCUUAAUUAGAUUUAGAUUAUUUUUAGAAUUCUUUUGUCUAAAUAGUUAAUUUGACAUUCACCUAUUAUAAAAUGUAUUUUCCUGUUAAUUCAGCUUUACAAAUUCGAGAACAUUUGAAGUUUACUUAAAGUUUAAAGUAAAUAAAUUAUGGAGGAAUAACACUUGAAGAAGUCUUUAAAUAAUAAAGGGUAGAAGUGAAUCCCUAUAAUAGUUACGAUUAGUUACCUCUCUCUCAACUCGACUCUAAGAAGAACCUUUGUAGCCAAAAAUAGUUAAUAACAAAUAAGAUUUUGAUUAUAUCUCACUUCUACAAUCAAAGUAUUUCAAUCUAAGAAAUCCAGAUUAUCAAUAACCUUAUUUGAUUCUCAAUCUUAAACUAUUUGAAAUGAAACCUAACACUCGUCCUUUAAGAGAAAUAUCAAUAUUUUCAAUACAAGAUGUACCAUAAUUUCAAUUAAUCAAUCCAUAAUUAAUCUAACCAAUUAUUAAUUAUGACACUUUAUCAAGCACUUAUGAAUAUAAAUUUAAUAAAUUAAUGUAAAGAAAUUCAUAAAUUUAAUAAACAAUCAAAAAUUACUAUUAAUAAAUUAAAUUAUUUGAAGAUAAAUAUUAUGAGAAUGAUAAAUUAAAAUAAUUAUUUACAUAAAAAUUAAGAGAAUGUACAUUUAAUGGAAAUUAGAUAAAAAUUAUUAAAUAAUCUAAAAUAUAACCUAAUUUAAGUUAAAUUCAAAUAGAAACAGAAAAAAUUAGUAUGGUCAAUAGUUUAAAUUCAAAUGAUAGUGAAAGAAAUAAAUCAUUUCAAUAAUCAAUUAAGAGAGUUAAUAAAAAUGAAUCUUUUUGUGAAUAUGAAAAAAUAAGAGUUUCAGAUAGAUAAUAAAAAUUAAAAAAUAGAAUAAGAAAUUUAAAUACUAUGAUUUUCAAUUAAGUUAAUAAUGUUAGAUAAAACUAAAUCAUACAUGAAUAAAAUGAUGAUUCACUUAAUUUAAAAUAAAAUAAUUAAUAAAUAAUAAAAGAUUAAUCAAAUUUGAGAUCUUUGACUUAAUACACAUUAGAAGAUAGUUUUAAAGUUGAAACUAAUGUACAUUAAAGUUAUCAAGCAAAUAAAAAUCCUAUAUUGAAACAAUUAGAUAAUCAAUUUAAAGAUGAAGAUAAAUAAUAUUAAUUAAUUGAUUAAUUAAGUAGUAGCAUAGAGAUUUAAGGUUAGAGAAAAAAUUAUAAAUUUAGAAGAUCAUAAUAUGCUCCAGAAAAUAGAAAAUUAGAAGAUGGAAUUGUUAAUAAUAAUAAUAAUAAUAAUACUGAACAUAUUAAAUAAAAUAAUUAUUCUAUCAAAAAAUAAAAUAAUAAUAAAUCUAUUGAACGAUUAACUUUAAAACCAAUAGAUUAUGUAUAAGUAUGUUCUGGAGAUUAAAAAUUAUAAUAAAAUGAACAAUUAACAUUCCCAAAAAAACAAAAGAGAUAUUAAACAUAAGAGAAAGAAGAAUUAGAAUUAAAUGAGAUUUUAAAAUGGAAAAAACAAAGUAAUUAAAGUUUAAGGAAUGCUUUAUUAUUACUAUAAUAAGGACGUUCAGAAUAACUCUUGACUUCAUUGAUGGCUAGUGGAACAAUUAAACAUUAAUAAUAUUAGUCUUUCUUAUAACCAAUAAAGAUAUAUUCUAAAGCUAAAUAUUUGACUCCAAAGUGA